CGCUAGCUGGUCGUUAGCCGCAGUGUUGUUGCUGUGGUUUUGUUAGGUCGAAGCAGAGCUACCUUAAUAUCCACUAGUUUGUCAUGUCAAGAUCAAUCUGCCCCCUCACUACACAGGGCCACUAACGAAUUCUUGAAAAGUCCACUUUCGGGGAGGGUCAGAGGAUAGUAAUCUGGGCGGAGAGCGAAAGAGGGAUAUGAAAUGACAACGUCAACAUUACAGAAAGCGAUUGAUCUUGUGACCAAAGCAACAGAGGAAGACAAGGCAAAAAACUAUGAUGAGGCCUUGCGACUAUACCAGCAUGCUGUUGAGUAUUUCCUACAUGCCAUCAAAUAUGAGGCCCAUAGCGACAAAGCGAAGGAGAGUAUACGAGCAAAGUGUAUGCAAUAUCUCGACCGAGCAGAGAAACUGAAGGACUAUCUGAAAAACAAAGACAAACAGGGCAAAAAACCUGUCAAGGAGGCACAGAGCAAUGACAAGAGUGAUAGUGACAGCGAGGGUGAAAAUCCAGAGAAGAAGAAACUGCAAGAGCAACUUAUGGGUGCUAUUGUAAUGGAGAAGCCCAAUGUCAGGUGGAACGAUGUGGCUGGACUGGAGGGGGCAAAAGAAGCUCUGAAGGAAGCAGUCAUCCUCCCCAUCAAAUUUCCUCACCUCUUCACUGGUAAGCGGACUCCAUGGAGAGGCAUCCUGCUGUUCGGUCCUCCAGGGACGGGGAAGUCAUACCUAGCUAAGGCCGUGGCUACUGAGGCCAACAACUCUACCUUCUUCUCCGUUUCCUCUUCAGACCUCAUGUCCAAGUGGCUAGGAGAGAGUGAGAAGCUGGUGAAGAACUUAUUUGACCUGGCUCGUCAGCAUAAACCUUCAAUCAUCUUCAUCGAUGAGGUGGACUCGCUGUGCGGCUCCAGGAAUGAGAACGAGAGCGAGGCUGCCCGCCGCAUCAAGACAGAGUUCCUGGUGCAGAUGCAAGGUGUGGGAAACAACAACGAUGGGAUCUUGGUGUUGGGAGCCACAAACAUCCCCUGGGUGUUAGACGCUGCCAUCCGCAGAAGAUUUGAGAAGCGCAUCUACAUCCCUCUGCCCGAGGAGCAGGCUCGGGGUCAGAUGUUUCGCCUUCACCUCGGCAACACACCACACAGCCUGAGCGAUGUCGAUCUUCGACAGCUCGCCCACAAAACAGACGGAUACUCCGGCGCUGACAUCAGCAUCAUUGUGCGGGACGCUCUCAUGCAGCCUGUCAGAAAGGUUCAGUCUGCCACGCACUUCAAGAAGGUUCGUGGGCCGUCUCGAAGCAACAGCCAGCUGAUGGUGGACGACCUCCUGACUCCUUGCUCCCCUGGAGACCCUGCAGCCCUUGAGAUGACCUGGAUUGAUGUGCCUAGUGAUAAGCUACUGGAACCCAUUGUCUGCAUGUCGGACAUGCUGCGCUCACUGUCCACCACCCGUCCCACAGUCAACACUGAAGAUCUGCUGAAGGUCAAGAAGUUCACAGAGGACUUUGGGAUGGAGGGCUGAGGGACAGAGCCCCUCCACCUUUACCUGUCAAACACAGGAUCAAACUACUCUCCACAAGCUGCCCCCCAUAACCCCGUUCAACUGCUGUACCAUCCUGUAAGCUUUCUCUCAGCCCAGCACUUGGUUUACUUCCUCUCAUGGAGUUCAAAAGGAAUGACUAAAAUGUGAUUAAAGGGAGAGAGAAAUCUUAUAGUUCCUCCUUCUUAUCAUACAGUCAGUUGUGUUUGAAUCCUUCGAGGAAGUUGACCAAAUGCUACAUUGGUGUGAUUUGGUGUUAGGACAACAGAGCCUGUUUCCCUCAGCCGCUACAGCAUAUACACUACAAGAACUUUUGAAUCUAACCCACAUCACCGCGAGGAAACUCAAAAUUUGCCCCUCUCUGAGCCGACUCCGUCUGAUUGAACUGAAGGACUGUACAUUUUGUUGCCGUCGUGCACUUUGUUUUUUUGAUGGCCAUGAAGGACAGUGACAUUUGAAGAAGAAACAAAAGGAAGUAGUUCUCCUGCGUGGCAUGCGAGCGUGUGAAUGCAUUUUAAGUGUUUUUAUUAAACUUGUGUGUCAUAUUGUAUUUGUCUUUAAGUUAAGAGCCCUGUUAUUUUGUUAUUUGAAGAAAAGUUCAUUGAUUAUCUCUGCCUCAGUGUUCCCGUUAAGCUGUGUGUCUAAGCGAUGUAUUCAUGUUCGACAUGUUCAGAACAAGAGAUGUGUUUGAUUGAAAGCCAAAAUGGCAUUGCUUUAAUCACAAAACAUCCAGGUACAUUUAUCAUCUGGAGCUUUUUGUCUUAAAAAAAUAUGAUUUUGUCCACUUGUUGCAGUAUUGACAUAUUAAUAUGUUUUUCUAAAGGACUUCUGACCCAUGGUUACUUAAAACCUGAGGAUCAAAAAGUUCAACAGCAGUUGAACCAUUUAGCUUUUGAUUCGAUUACAUGAUGUUCACCAUCACAGCUUUGGAGCCUGAAAAGUGCACAAAAAGAAUCAACUUGAAAUUGGCUGCUAUUUGAUUCUUUCAUGUGUUUCCUUUAACAUCAGGAAACAAUCACAUGUUUGUACCCUGAUAUCAGGAUGGAAAAACAAACAUCAUUCUUGUGAUUGUUGGGCCAGAUUCUGGUGACAGUAAUGACAUCAGUAACUAGACAAGAGAAAGAAAAUGUAAAGAUAUUUGAUCAGCUGAUCAAGAUCAUAUGAAAUGACAGAAAGCUCCAGGACAUUUUCUAAAAUAGAUCGGGUGGUUACAAGAUUUCUUCAACUGCCGUUUCAAAUAACACAAACUUUAAACCUCUAUUUAAAUAAGCUAUAAGUUAUUUCCUACGCUACAUCUCCCAGAACAAACUUUACUAAGUUUUGGGUUUUGUCCGAAGUUUCCUGAUUGUGAAGUCUGUGCUCCUUUAUGUGAAGCAUUGAAUGUUACCGUGAAAAUCAAUGAAGCACAUCUCUUCCAAUGUGAACAUUUGGAUUUCUUUUUGUUUCUGCACAUUAUUUAUACAACAUGUUUGAUGACAGGACAUGUAACUUGACUGACAAUUAUAGCAUUUCAGUAUGUUUACACUUGAAGUAUUUGUUGUUGUUUUCUGAUAGAGCUCCAGUGAUAGUUUGUUGGUCUCGUUUUUGAGACAAAUACACACGCUACCAUGAUGUUUCAUUUAUGAUUUGUUCAGGGCUGGCCGUCAUUCUCUAACUGGGUCACACACAUGAUCAGUUUGAAAUCUAAUUGCUAUUGGACGAUUUGUUGUGUAGCGACUCUUUGACCUCUCACUGUCGCCUCAGGACCGCAGCCCCGUCUGCCAGUGAUGGCACUUCAUGUGUUAGCUCAGAGUGCUCGUGCUGCUCAGUCUGUGUGUGUUUGUGGAGGUGCAUACUGGUUUUGGGGCUUAACCUGCCGCUGGCCCUGUAACCAUGACUACUAAUUUAUCCAGCAUAAAUAAAAACUGACAUUUCAAAUGAAGAAGA